UCCAGGGAAGCUGUGAGUGGGUGGGAGACCCCGUGGAUGCGUCCGGGAAGAGCGCGCGGAUUGUGAGUGUGAGCUGUGCAGCAGGAAGAUCACCGGCCUGAGAAAGCGAUCAUCAUGAAUAAGGGCGAGCUUGUGCAGAAGGCCAAACUGGCCGAGCAGGCCGAGCGUUACGACGACAUGGCUACCGUGAUGAAGCUGGUGACGGAGAAGGGAGAGGAGCUGACAGACGAGGAGAGGAACCUGCUCUCGGUGGCGUACAAGAACGUGGUUGGGGCAUGCCGCUCGGCGUGGAGGGUGGUCUCCAGCAUCGAGUCGAAGAUGAAGACGGAGGCCAGCGAUAAGGAGCCGAUCGCCAAAGAGUACCGGGAGAAGAUCGAGUCCGAGUUGCAGUCCAUCUGCAACGACGUGCUGCAUCUCCUGGACAAGUUCCUAAUCCGGACCUCGUCCCCCGCCGAGAGUCAGGUGUUCUACCUGAAGAUGAAAGGAGAUUAUUAUCGCUACCUGGCUGAGGUCGCCACGGGAGAUACCAAAACCAGCAUCGUCGAGAAGUCCAAGGAGGCGUAUCAGGCCGCUUUCGACAUCAGCACAAAGAACAUGCAGCCCACUCACCCCAUCCGACUCGGCCUGGCGCUCAACUUCUCCGUCUUUUACUACGAGAUCAUGGGCUCGCGUGAGCAGGCCUGCGAACUCGCCAAGAAGGCAUUUGAUGACGCGAUCGCUGAGCUUGACCAGCUGACGGAGGAUUCAUACAAAGACAGCACACUGAUCAUGCAGCUUCUCCGAGACAACCUGACACUGUGGACUUCAGACACUCAGGAGGAGACGGAGGAGGGACGGGAAAACAACUAAAGAGCAAGCAGACGAGCAAAAGAAAAGCAAAGCAAAAAAAAAAAAACGCUGAGAGCCUAAAACACACACUCUGCUCCUCCGCACCAGCCUCUCCUGUUUGUGUGUAUAUAUGUGUGUGCACAUGUUUGUGUGUGUGCGUGCGAGUGUGUGUUGAGAAGGGUGCGGUUGAUGUAGAGUUUUGAUUAUUCCUUGGGGCACAAACUAGAGGGAGGUAUCAUUUUUAUUAAACUGGACGUGUGUGUGCGUGCGCGCUUUAUACCUACAUGUAAAUGUUUGUGUGUGUGAGAGAGAAAGUUUGCCUUGAUGUGAGAUGAAACUGAAUCCCUGACUCCAGUCUGUACUGAUGUAACGAUGUUAAACCCCUGAAUCAUGAGAACUGCUGAACUUUGUAUCGGUUUGUGAUAAUACCUGGUGUGUGUGUGAGUGAGUGAUGUGUGGAGGAGAAACUUGUCGCUUUAUCACAUGAGAACCGUUUAAUCACACACCAGCUUUUUAAAUAUCUACAUUCGAUUUCUACUUGAAUUUGAAAACACUCCCAUGUUGUGUUUAGCGUGUGUGAAGUCACACACUCCUUAAAGUUGUUCUCUAUGUGCUACUGUUAGGAGUUUCUUUGCACUGUCGUUUUCUAUCUGUCUGUCUGUCUCAGGUCAGUUAAUCAGGGUUAAUGAACAUCUCCUGCAUUAGUUACAGUGUGUGUGUGUGUCAGUGUGUUAGCGUCGUUGUCAGCGUUAAUAAUGUGGGAACUGUUCAUUUCAGCCAAAUAAAGAAAAUCACAAACCAAAA